CCACGAUGAACAUCCAGUACGAGGAGCCGACCUUGAGCAGCAGCUACAGCGUGGUGGGCUCCUUUCCGAAAAGCUUCGGUUAUGGUUUGGAGGACCAGGACCUGGACCCGGAGGACAGCAGCCCAUCCACCAGCAAACCCAGGAUCCUGCUGAUGGGUCUGAGGAGGAGCGGCAAGUCCUCCAUCCAGAAGGUUGUUUUCCACAAAAUGUCUCCCAACGAGACUUUAUUCCUGGAAAGCACCAACAAAAUCUACAAGGACGACAUCUCCAGCAGCUCCUUCGUUAACUUCCAGAUCUGGGAUUUUCCCGGCCAGGUGGACUUCUUUGACCCCACAUUUGACAGUGAAAUGAUCUUCAAGGGAACCGGAGCUCUGAUCUUUGUCAUCGAUGCACAGGACGACUACAUGGAGGCUCUAGGCCGGUUACAUCUGACUGUCUCCAGAGCCUACAAAGUGAAUCCAGACAUCAACUUUGAGGUGUUCAUCCAUAAGGUGGACGGACUGUCAGAUGACCACAAAAUUGAGACGCAAAGAGACAUCCACCAGAGAGCCAACGACGACCUGGCAGACGCCAGCCUGGAGAAGCUUCACCUCAGCUUCUACCUGACCAGCAUCUACGACCACUCCAUCUUUGAGGCCUUCAGUAAAGUUGUGCAGAAACUCAUCCCUCAGCUGCCAACUUUGGAGAACCUCCUGAACAUCUUCAUAUCACACUCUGGGAUCGAGAAGGCCUUCCUGUUUGACGUCGUCAGUAAGAUCUACAUCGCCACCGACAGCUCUCCUGUGGACAUGCAGUCCUACGAGCUCUGCUGCGACAUGAUCGACGUCGUCAUCGAUGUCUCCUGCAUCUACGGGCUAAUGGAGGACGGCGGCGGCUGUGCCUACGAUAACGAGUCUUCAGCUAUCAUCAAGUUGAACAACACCACGGUGCUCUAUCUGAAGGAGGUCACAAAGUUCCUGGCUCUGGUCUGCAUCCUCAGGGAGGAGAGUUUCGAGAGGAAAGGUCUGAUAGACUACAACUUCCAUUGUUUCCGGAAAGCGAUCCAUGAAGUGUUUGAGGUGGGAAGCUUGUUUGAAGGCACCAUCUGGAGACCAGCAGGUUCUUCCAGCAGCAAACAGGCGAGCCUGAAGAGCGCGGCGCUGAACGGAAGUGCAGUUUAAAGCUCCAGGAGACCUGGUCACUUGCAGAAACAAGAAGCUGCAGAUUUAUAGAGCUUGGAUAUAAAUCGUUACACCUGGAAACACACACCUGAAUGCAGGACGGGUCUCCCGAUUAUUCCCAGGAAGUAAAAUCACCAACGAUGAGGCGAGCUGAAAAACUCCAAGGUCUGAAUCUGUUCUCAAGGUUCAGCAUCUCAAGGAUAAGGAUGUUUCUGGAAACGUUUCCCAGUUAGCCGACUUACUGGUUACCACCAGGUCAGACCAGCUCCAGCUCAGACCUUCUAUAUGAGUUGAGAUUCUAGCCAGUCAUGAGACCAGAACUGAACCAGUUUGACUCUGAUGGUUUUAUCUGACGAAGCUUUGAGCCAAAUGAUUGUCCCACAUUAGUUUGUAGAGUUUGAUGUAUUGCUUUUAUUAUGAUGUGCGUUUUUAAAUAAAGAAGGUUCCACCCUUCAUUUAGUUCUUUUUAACUCAA